CAGUCAUGGGAUGUGGCGUCACAAAGUCUGACCAGUUCCACAAACACUCCAGAAAAGCUUUAAGAGCUGCCGUGCUGAUUCAGCGAUGGUACCGUCAAUAUGUAGCCCGCACAGAGAUGAGACGGAGGUACACCUGGCACAUCUUCCAGUCCAUUGAGUACUCUGGAGAGCAGGCCCAGAUAAAGCUUUAUAAUUUCCUCGGCUACCUUAUGGACAAUUUCACACCAUCAAGCUCCGAGCGGAAUCUGAUCUCACACAUCUUCAGAGAGAACGAGGUUUGCCUGGACGCAGAGUGGGAGAAGUACUUCUGCUACAAGAACAUCGAGGUGCCAGAGAUUUACUCUGGGCCUCACCUCACCUUCCCCAUGACGGUGGACCAGGCAGUUGGGCUGGUGGAGGCCUUCAGAAACAAAAAACAGUUGCACUCACGCUACCUCCUCCAGCUCCUGCUUGAGACAUGGAAACGGUUCCGGUUGUUACCAAACAUCAACCGCGUCGCCACCUGCCAAAGCAAAGAAAUCUGUAUUUGUGGGGACUUGCAUGGACAACUGGAGGACCUGCUGCUGAUUUUCUACAAGAAUGGCAUGCCAUCCUCAGAGAAUCCAUAUGUGUUCAAUGGAGACUUUGUGGACCGAGGCAAGGACUCCAUUGAGAUCCUCAUCAUCCUGUUUUCGUUCCUGCUCGUCUACCCGGGCGAUGUCUUCCUCAACAGAGGAAACCAUGAGGAUCAUAUAGUCAACCUGAGGUAUGGCUUCACAAAGGAGGUGUUGUCUAAAUACAAGAUGUAUGGAAAACGCAUCCUGAAGCUGCUGCAGAAGAUUUUCAGCUGGCUGCCUUUAGCAACUGUGAUUGAUCAGAAGGUGGUGGUGCUCCAUGGUGGGAUCUCUGACACCACAGACCUCGGCGUGCUCUCCAGAGUGGACCGACACAAUUAUGUUUCAGCGCUGAGGCCUCCAAAGAAGAAAAACACAACCCACUCUGUGAGGUCUGUUGACUCGGACAUAGAUGAGGACUUCUGGUCUGCGAACAGAGUCAUCCAGCGCCGGUGUUCACUCACGUAUCCUAAAGCUUUCGGAGACCGCGACAACUUCCACAACCGCUCUCUGCAGGACUUCUCAGACAGGAUCAAAUUGGGCCCGAUGGGUGAGCUGGAGACGGGCCGGAAGAAAAAAACACCUUUGAGCCCAGGAGUAAACCGACCAGAAAAAGAGGCGACUCCAUCUGGGUCCACAGACUCUGUUAACAGCGACAGCGUCAAGGAUGAGUGGAGACAGAUCCUGGAUCUGCUGUGGAGUGACCCAAUGGCCGCAGACGGCUGCAUACCUAACGAGGUGCGGGGCGGAGGCUGCUACUGGGGCCCUGAUGUCACUGAAGACUUCCUGAACAGGCACAACCUGCAGCUCCUGAUCCGCUCUCACGAGUGCAAACAGGAGGGUUAUGAGUUCUGCCACAAUCGUAAGGUCCUCACUCUGUUCUCUGCCUCCAAUUACUACGACGUGGGAAGCAACAGGGGGGCCUAUGUGAAGCUGGGCCCAGACCUUGUGCCUUAUGUGGUUCAAUAUCAGGCGAGCAGCAUGAUCAGAGAGCUCACCUUGAGACAAAGUGUUGGGCGAACAGAGCGCUCCGCCCUCAAAGUCCUACGGGAGCAGCUGUUUGCACACAGAUCUGACCUCAUCUGUGCCUUCAAGCAGUACGACAGUGAGAACACAGGUCUUGUGUGUGUGAAUAAUUGGGCCUCAGCUGUGGAGAGUGUGAUGUUCCUCGGUCUGCCCUGGAGGGUGCUGCGUAGUCAGCUUGUUACCUGCAAGCUCAUUGACGGCCUGAUUGACUACAACGAAUGGUUCAAGGAGCUCGCAAUCAAAGGACCCAACACAGAUCAUAUCGACCAGAGUCUGCUUGAGACUUUGUACCGCCACAGAGCCACCCUGGAGACAAUCUUCAGAAUCGUAGACACAGAUAACUCAGGCUUCAUCACCAUUGAGGACUUCCGACAGACAUGGAAGCUGCUCAGCGUCUACCUGAAAAUGGAGAUCACAGACGAGGCCAUCUCAGACCUCGCCGUCACCAUCGACAGCAACCAGGAUGGAAGCAUAGACAUCGAUGAGUUCAUGGAGGCUUUCCGCCUCACUGACAAGAAGAGCCGGCUGGAACGAGGCCGCAGCAUGUUCAUGGGCACAGCCACCGACCUCACCAAGCUCGAGGGAGACCCAAACAUUUGAACGCAGAGAGAGUGAGCAAAAACUGAAAAGGAGAGCACGACCUCAGCUCAGACUCUCCUCAGACGGGCAGGGAAGGAGGGGACCGGGAGAUCCAGCCAACGCAAGCUGCUUUAAUGAGGCACAUGAAGAUGUAGGAUACUGCUGAGCCACGUGGAUCACAGGCAAUUAGAGACAGGUUAGGUAGCAAGGUGUUUGACAGCAAAUGUUGGUUUCACACUCACAAAGUGUAGGUUACAGUGCUUCAUAAAGACUGUGGUCUGUUAUAUUCUGUAGAAUAUUAAAAAUCCACAAACAGAAAAAAAGAAACCAUAUGUAAAUAUAAGACAAUGCUGUAAGAUACUAUA